AUGAAUAACCAAUUGGACGAAAAUACAAACAAUGUGGGUCUCUACAAGGCACUUGUACUUGGGGUUGAUGAAUUACAACAAAACAUACUAACAAAUCACCACAAUCAAAAACAGAGGUAUUGGUUUGAUAUUCAAUUUGGAUACGUUCUAAGAAACGUAGAAACAGAUGAAAGAAUGCAGUUUUACCCAUCUGUAAAUACUUCAUUUUUUAAUAUCAAUGGGCACCCUCUGGUUAGCAAUACAGUGGAUGGUGUUUUAGAAAAACUAGGAGGCGAUGAUAUUUUGGAACGACUGAAGCGACCCAAUUCAAAGUGGAAUAUUGACAGUAUCUAUGAAUAUGUUCUCUUGACUACUCCACUAGAAGAAAUCCCUAUUGGAGCUUCGAUUACGUUACCUGAUUUCAUUAAAAAAAGCAAAGGCAUUUUCUCAUUAGAAAACAUACCAAAUAAUAUGUGUUUAUGGUAUUGCCUUGCCCGUCACAAGCUCUCUGACUUGCAAUUGGAUAGACUUGCAACUAAAGCGAAAGAACUAUUCAAGAGCUAUUACACCUUCAAACCGGACCAGAGCUAUUGUGGGGUGGAGAUGCAAGAAUUGGAUACCAUUGAAAAUCAUUUUGAUGUAAACAUAAAUGUUUACCGAUUUAAUGGAACAAAAGCUGUGAUGGAGCGACAUUCAAAGAAAACAUUUGAAUCUACUUUGAGUUUGAAUAUCUAUACCGAUGUGGAUAAUAAACUUCAAAAAUGUUCAAAUGAACGAAGAGCAAGAGACACAAACCCAAAUCAUAAACUUCGUGGUGAUAUAAUGAAACUGAUUGGGAAUGCACCGUACGGAAAGUAUAUAAUGAACUUUCUGAAGCACGAAACGGUCAAGAUUGUAGGACAAGACACUUACGAUAAGAACGUGCGAAGAAAUAAUUAUCUCGGACAUCAAGACCUUGUGGAGGGAUACGAGUUUCGGUUUAGUAAGACAUCCUUCAAGCAAAGUCUAUCACUCCAUAUUGGAUUCCAAGUAUAUCAACUAGCCAAGUUACGAAUGUUACAGUUCUACUACGAUUUUAUUGAUUAUUACGUAGACAGAAGCGACUUUCAAUAUUGCAUAAUGGAUACAGACUCGGCAUACUUUGCGAUUUCUGGAGAUUCCUUACAAGACGUAGUGAAACCACACCUCUUCAAUGAAUUCCAACAACAAAAGAAAUAUUGGUUCAGGAGAGAUGAUACCCCAGCGAACAAAUUAUAUGACAGCAGAACACCAGGAUUAUUCAAGUUGGAAUACGAAGGAGAUUGCGUUAUAUCAUUGGCUAGCAAGAUGCAUUAUUGUAACGAGAAAAAGUUUAGUUCAAAGGGUAUCAGCAAGAAUCAAAAUGAAAUUACCAAGCAAAAGUAUUUAAAUGCUUUGAGUGGAAAUGGAGGUCAGGAGUUUAUCAAUAAUGGUUUUAGGUCAUAUCAUAACCAAAUGAAUACAUAUUCAUUAACAAACACUGCGAUAAAACUGUUUAACGAUAAACGACUCCGAGUGGGUUACGAAACAUUUCCAACCAAAUUAUAA